AUGAGGAAUCUAAGCUCAGAUCUCUGGCAUUACAUAGCAGACUAUCUUCUGCCACACUACGCGUUACUGAACAUCCGCGGAGUUCUGCCUGGCCCCCGCGCCGUCUCCAUCAACAGCAUCACAACAGCUAAGAAGAUGUGGUACGGCUUCACCGAUUACGAGGGCACAAGCUACGUUUCGUGGCUCUCUAGCUCUCCUAGAGGGCCUAGAUCCCUAUCGCUUGCUUCCAAUGCCGACCGUGCUCCCGGGUGUCUCCUCCUCACGGCAGAGAAUCAUCUUGGCAUCACAGACGUGCGGCUUUCUGACUUCCUCGAUGUAGAGUCGGAUGGCAUCAAACUUCGGCGCUUGGUGUGUGGAGAUCUUGGAACCAUCGCGUGGAGCGUCCCAGAACCAAGAACACCCCGAUUUCACUACUUCACCGACGGCAGCUCGUCCCGGGCACCUGCUCGUAUGACCUUUUUCCGAUCCAAUCAUCCAGAGGCGACUGGCUACUCGUUCCUUUGGGAUUGCGGCCUAGUUCACAUUCACGCGCACGUAGCUGGUGAAGACACGGCGUUCUAUCGAUCAUUGCCGCCUGGUUCCUGGCUGUACAUGCCAGUAGACCACGGCGAAUUCAUCUCAGAAAUUUGGCAGCAAAAGUCCCUCUUCUUCCGAGAACGGGCUAUCGCGUUUGUGACGAACAAUGGCCGAGUCUUUGUAGCAGUCAAGAGCUCGGUCGGAUCUACUUCGAGAGUUCGGCCAACGGAAUCGGGGCUCUUGCAUUUGCAACAGAUGCUCCGAGGAUAG